AUGUCAACUUUGGUCGAUAUCACAGAAUUGCUCGACUCUGCAACUCAAGAGUUGGAAUUGGGACAGGUUCUGUUUAUGCCGAAUUUCUCAUUGUUCGAUGCAAUGAGCGCCAUCGAGAUCAUGGAUCCCCGAAUGGACAGCGCCCUUGUACCCCCAGGGGUUGAUCCUCCCGAAGUACCGUUUACGGAUCCGAACGCGCCUCUGCUCGCCGAAGAGGUCUGUUGGAUAUUGGAUCGUACAAUGGCCGCAGAGAUGGGCUGGCACAGUGGCUACGCACUCUCCCAGACGCUGUACACGUCACUUUACAUACACCAAAUAGCACCCGUGUCAAGUCACGGGGCGUUGCCGCAGUACUUUCCGGCGUGGAGGCAGGAUCCGGCCCGGCCUAUGGGGUUAGUGUCGAUUGUGCUGCAGGCGGGCUUGAUGGCGAUUGUCAAGACGUGUGAUUGGGUAUGGAGAGAGUUGAGCGGGGGAAAUGUAUUCGAUUUGGAGGAUUUUAAUGCAGACAAAGCGGAUGUUUCUUUAUAUGAGGGAGUACAGGUUCAAACUGUCGUUGCAGAGCUCGACAAGGCGCUGGUUUGGUUGGAUAGAUGGUCGACAACUGAUGCGGUAUGGAAAUACGCUCUACAUCAUCGAAUAGCUUUGCGAAAGCAUAUACUGCUCUCGGUCUCAGUGGGUCAAAACGAGAGCUCGAUUGCAGAAAGGGCGACGCAUGUAUCCAAUGCAUUGGCUAGCUAUCACUCCGUACGAGCUGGCCCCGUACCUGGAACACCUCCUUCAUCAUCUCCGUUACAUGCUGCGUUUGAUCCUACAAUCAAUAGGAGACUCGUAGUCAGUAUGCCUCUAAAGGUUAUUAAAUUAAUGCCCACGGAUGAUGCUUGGAAAGCUUUACAAGGGAUGCUACAAGGUGUUCUAGAAACCUGCAAGGCACUCAAUUCCGUAGACUUGCUUGAGAUGAUGAUGCUGCUGAGGCUCCGGGCGCGGCUCCCUGCCUCUCGGAACAGAAGUGCCUACGUCCGAUCACUAAAUGCGUCCUUGUUGAUGACCAAGUUGAUGCCUCCAAAUCGAUGGCGAAGUAGAACCAAGCCAGUAAACCCCGAGCGCCCGGUGCUUCAAUUGUUCCUAUCUCAACUAUUGGGGCUUUCUCUGGAUGACAUUCGGGCUUUGAACAACUUGCCUUCCGGCAUAGCGAGUCUUCCUGUAUCCCCUGAAGAUCUCGAGGAGAGCGCAGAACGGCUCCUCCUCCAACACGCCUUGUGUUUGUGCCAUAAUCGCCCACGGAUGCGUCGGAAAUUGUCUAAGAGCCUGGCUGAUUGGCACGAACUGUGGGAGAAUACCAUUGAUACGGCUCUACUGGUCAGGAAAGAUCCAGUACUUCAGCGACUACGCCGUUUGCCACUUGGAAUACUUCAUAUUAAACUGGAGAACAUAAUCGACUUGACGUUUGCCGGAUUUGAGACCGAACUAUACGGGGAAGCCGAAUGGCCGUUGUUGUAUUGGCAUUUAUCCCGGGUACUUACCCAGCAGAGUUAUAAUUGGCUAGCCCCUGCCGACUUCUACCACCUCCCAUCCGUCAUUAUCGCCGCUCUUAUCGUCGAUUUUUUCGCGGAUUCGGCCUCUGCGCUGUUAGGGGAUCUAUUAUCCCCGGAAGUCUGA